CAAACAUGUCAGAUUGCAUUGAUUUCAUAACAUCGUAUUAUAUUAUGGAAAGUUUCAUGUGUAUGUUCUUUCGUACUAUUUUGCACAAUAUUUCUGAUGCCCUUCUUCUGAAAUAAGAAAAGGAAAUUGAAACUCAUGUUUAUUAGAAAAUUGCUGAGUUGGUAUUCAGUAUGACAAAAUUGUUGAGAUGUACCCUUUUUGGCCCAAAUCAACUAUUCUAUUACUUUUUCCUUCACUUCUCUAUUUUGUUAUCUGACAAAUCACAAGGGAAGUGGUAUGAAUAUAAGCAUUUAUCUUUUCUUCCACUUCACUAUUUUGUACCUCAGAUAGUGUCCAUAAACUCAAUUAUUUGUUAUCUAAAUUAUCAUUUAUUUUGUACCUCAGAUAGUGUCCAUAAACUCAAUUAUUUGUUUUUGCUUCCAUUCAGAUUAGUGUUGGCUUCUGAGCAUCCACAUGUGAAACCAAUUGAUCACCAUUCACAAUUUUCUACGAGGUUCAAUGGACUCGGUUCACGGCGAACAAGAGGAAAACAAAACCCGGUCCAACAAGACUCGGUCCAGUCGCCACGACCUGAACCUACCUCGCAUCCCGGCUCCAAAAUUCAAAACCAUUCGAACCCACGGGCCGAAUAAAAUACAACCCCUGCGUACCCUCCCGAGGACUCUCCCGUCAUUUCAUGCGUCACCCCGCAGCGCCCAAACGGCGGACGUUAGCCACGCGUCACGCUCUCAUUGGCCAGCGCCUGCGCCCCGGGAUCCAUAGCAGCGUAGUAGGGUACUAGCAGCAGGGCAAGGAAAACGAAAGCAAGAAAGUCACACCCACUCACCCGCAUCCACACUCUGCUUCACACACCAGCGCGCGCUCUCCCAAUUCCACGAGGACCACCCGUUUCUCGCUCCAAUUCGCGCGAAUUUGUGCUCGGUGACGCGUGAUCUCCGAAUUCAGGGGGAGCUUUCCUCUUCGAAUUUCGUGGGAAUCGCAGAUCAUGAGUGUUUGAUCAAAGUGGAUUUUCCGGAUUGCCUUGGUUGCGGUGGCAUUUUUUUUUUGGUGCUGUUCUGAUCAAGAUUCAGUUUAUUUUAAUGCCGGAAGUUCCAAAUUCAGGGCAAAUUGGAGCAAAUCUUGACGUCCCGAAGCUCGAUCUCGAGUCCCCCGGAAGUGCAUUCGCGUGAUUGGUGCGAUCUCGGCGCGAAUUUCGGGGAUUUCCCCGCCACGUCGCCCUGCAAGAACAGGGGAAUUGGGCAGCAAUUGGGGAGGAUUCGCAGCAGGGGGCACUGAUCCGGUGGCCAGAUGAUUGCGGCGGUGAGCCGGGCGCCGGAGGGAUGGGGCGAGGACGAGAUGUCCGUGCUGCCGCGGCACACCAAGGUGGUGGUCACCGGCAACAACCGCACCAAGUCGGUGCUAGUGGGCUUGCAUGGAGUCGUGAAGAAGGCUGUCGGCCUUGGAGGCUGGCAUUGGCUGGUUCUUACUAAUGGCAUAGAGGUAAAGCUGCAAAGGAAUGCUUUAAGUGUGAUUGAACCCCCAAACGGUAAUGAGGACGACGAUAAAUUCGACUGCGAAAACAUGCAGUGGAAUAGUUUGGAUAUGGCAUCGGAUGACGCACAAUCACCAAAGCCACAUCGGUCAAGGAGCAAGCAGCAUAGGGGGUUCCACAGCAAAUCCCUCAGUCGCUCCAUGUCAUGUGAUUCCCACUCCAAGGCAUCUGUUUCGUCAUCCUCAAGGGGUCACACGAAAGUUGACCUGAGCAAGCUAGAACUGACUGCGCUGUGGAGAUAUUGGCGUCACUUCAAUCUCGAUGCAAGUCCUAAUCCAUCCAGGGAGCAGUUAGUUGAUGCUGUUCAAAGGCACUUCAUGUCUCAGCAAUUGGAUGAGUUGCAGGUCAUAGUCGGUUUUGUGCAGGCUGCAAAGAGGCUGAAGACGAUGAAAGUGGCCUGACAGCUAGAGCUGAUCUUUAACUAACAUAUUCAAGAUAGGAUGCAGCAUGUUUAAUAAAUGUUGCUGUGCUAUGUAAUAUAUGUGCAUGGAGUUGCUUAGAUUCCAGUGGGUUAAUGCACAACUAGACUAUGUUAGUCUCAUGUGAUGUAGAUAUGCAGUAUUAAGUCUAAAGAUGUUUCAACCUCUAGCUCAGUUAUUUCCUGCUGACUGGAUUUGGAUUGAAAUGACAAGUUCAAAACAAGUUCUUUUAUUA